AUGUCAGGGUGGGACGAAGGAGCGGUGUACUACAGUGACCAGGCCCAAUUCCCAGAAUCCGGAUCCGAUGCGGCGGCCGCAACUCCAAGUCGCUACACAAUCCUCCGUAAAUUCAAGGAAUUCAUUCGAAACUUCGAGACUGAGAAAAAUGUUUUUCCCUACCGUGAAAGUCUGGUUAAUAAUCCCAAAUCACUCCUUGUCCACCUGGAAGACCUCCUUGCUUUUGAUGCCGAGCUUCCUUCCCUUCUCCGGUCCUCUCCCUCCGAUCACUUGCCCUUGUUUGAGACGGCGGCAGCGGAGGUGUUGCAGAGUCUGAGGUUGAAGGAGCAAGCAGAGAGUGGGGAAAUGAAGGAGCCGGAGACGAGAGAAGUGCAGAUUUUGUUGAGUUCUAAGGAGGAUCCUGUUUCAAUGCGAAUGCUUGGGGCUCAAUAUAUAUCAAAGCUGAUUAAGAUAGGUGGGAUUACUAUAUCUGCUUCAAGGGUUAAGGCAAAGGCAACUUAUGUCAGUCUAGUGUGUAAGAAUUGUCAGAGCACAAAGGAAGUUCCAUGUCGACCGGGCCUUGGUGGGGCAAUUGUGCCUCGUUCAUGUGACCAUGUUCCUCAGCCUGGAGAAGAACCAUGCCCCAUUGAUCCUUGGAUUGUGGUUCCUGAUAAGAGCAAGUAUGUUGAUCAGCAAACCUUGAAAUUGCAAGAGAAUCCCGAGGAUGUCCCUACUGGAGAGCUUCCAAGAAACAUGCUUCUCUCAGUGGAUCGGCAUCUUGUUCAAAGAAUUGUACCUGGCACGCGAUUGACCAUCAUAGGGAUUUAUAGUAUUUUUCAAGCAGCCAAUUCAUCAACCUCCCAUAGAGGAGCAGUUGCAAUUAGACAACCUUAUAUAAGGGUAGUUGGAAUAGAAGAAGUAAACGAGGCCAGUUCUCGAGGUCAUGCAGCUUUCACCAUAGAAGAGGUAGAAGAAUUCAAAAAAUUUGCCUCGAGAACAGAUACAUAUGAAGUCAUAUGCUCCAAGAUUGCUCCCUCUAUAUUUGGAGAAGAGAACGUGAAGAAAGCUGUGGCUUGUCUUUUAUUUGGAGGAUCAAGGAAGAAUUUGCCAGAUGGGGUGAAGUUGAGAGGUGAUAUCAAUGUGUUGCUUUUAGGUGACCCAUCUACUGCUAAAUCACAGUUUCUCAAGUUUGUUGAGAAGACUGCUCCUGUAGCUGUAUAUACUUCCGGAAAAGGCUCAUCAGCUGCUGGUCUUACAGCUUCCGUUGUACGAGAUAACAGCACACGUGAAUUUUAUCUAGAAGGAGGAGCCAUGGUUUUAGCUGAUGGAGGUGUUGUCUGUAUAGAUGAGUUUGACAAAAUGAGGCCAGAGGAUAGGGUGGCUAUUCAUGAAGCCAUGGAGCAGCAAACAAUAUCCAUUGCAAAAGCAGGGAUAACAACUGUUCUCAAUUCUAGGACAUCAGUGCUUGCUGCUGCCAACCCUCCCUCAGGUCGUUAUGAUGAUCUCAAGACUGCACAGGAGAAUAUCGAUUUACAGACAACCAUUCUUUCUAGAUUUGAUUUAAUCUUCAUCGUGAAGGAUAAAAGAGACUAUGGUCGAGAUAAGAUUAUAGCUAGCCAUAUCAUAAAGGUCCAUGCAUCUGCUGAUAAAACCUCAGGUGAUAGCAGAACUGCUAAAGAAGAGAAUUGGCUGAAAAGGUACUUACAAUACUGUCGAACUGAAUGCCAUCCCCGGCUGUCAGAAUCUGCAUCCAGUAGACUGCAAAAUGAGUAUGUCAGAUUCAGACAGGAUAUGAGAAAGCAGGCAAAUGAAACCGGGGAGGCUUCUGCCGUACCCAUUACUGUAAGGCAGCUGGAAGCUAUUAUAAGAUUGAGUGAGGCUCUUGCAAAAAUGAAACUGUCCCAUGUUGCCACUGAGGCGGAUGUGAUUGAAGCAGUCAAUCUUUUUAAGGUUUCUACUGUCGAAGCAGCACAGUCUGGAAUAAAUCAACAAGUGACUCUUACUCCUGAGAUCAAGCAAGCAGAAACUCAAAUAAAGAGAAGACUAGGAAUAGGUAUGCGCAUAUCAGAAAGAAAGCUGAUUGAUGAACUUGCCAGAAUGGGAAUGAAUGAAUCAAUUGUGAGACGAGCCCUUAUAGUAAUGCACCAAAGGGAUGAAAUUGAAUAUAAGCACGAAAGGCGUGUUAUUGUUCGGAAAGUAUAA